AUGGGAAGCUUCCGAUUUGCCGUUGUUUUCGCAAUUCUGUUUGGAGCCACGCCUGGUGUGGCGGUGCGCUCGAAUGGCGAGACUGACAAUCACGUCGUGUCCAUGGAACCGAAUCCCGCCGAGGACGUGAGAAGGGAUGUGAAAAAAGCCUUCUGCGAGAACUUCGAGAUCACGUACAAGGUGAAAGGGCAGAAGGGAACCCUUGCGCACCCGUGUUGCACGGAGGCCGAGACGUGUUUCGGAAAGGAGCAGAUUGGGCACUGCCAGGCCCAGUGCACUGUGGAGGCUCUGGCGGGCAUCACUUCUCGUGGGAUCAAGUCGCACGAGACCUUCUGGGCGCCUAAGUCCUGCGUCACGCUUCCGACGCUGCCAAAGGAGAAGGCAUUGGUGGUGCAGCAAACGAACGCUGCGGCAGGGGACAUCGUGGUGGAGGCGGACGACUUUCGUGACUCUGUGAGAGAGCUCGGGAAGCUCGACAUGAAGGUUUACGAUGACCACCUGAGCGAGAGGCUGCACGUGAAGUGCGACGCCUAA